AAUCGGCAACAUAACGAGAACUUCCCCGUCCCGCAGCGGCUGACGGAUCGUUGCUGGGUGAUUCACGAAGCGACGCAGCCGAAGCUCGGGGGUCUCUUCUACAGUCGAGACAUGGUGCUUCUGGCUUACAACAAGAAGAUGCGCGACGGGGGCUUCAUUUCGAUAUCCAGUACCAGCUGGCCUGGACUUGAACCGAGAGAGAAUAUGGUCAGGGCGGAGAUGGCGGACGGUGGCGGAAUGUGCGCAUUGCCCGACCCGAAGCACAACACGACGAAGACCCUGUUUCGUUUCGUCAGCACUUUGGACUUCAAAAUCUCCCUCAUCCCGUACCGCGUCAUCCAAGCGCUGUACGUGGAAGGAAGUCGGAACUACAUCGUCGGCUUGCGGAAGUACCAGAAGGCUAGGCGACAGAAGGAGGUCCAUCGAAUUGACCAGCGAUGAGAGUAUCCCCUUCCAGUCUCUUUUGCUUUAAGUGGGUUGCCAACUCGUUUGAUAUUGACGUCGGAAUCUGAAUAAAGUUAUCCGUUCUGUCGAUGGAGAAUGCAUCGGG